AUGCCGGCGUCCGUACCUAAGAAAUGUUAUGAAGUUAUCAAAUCGUUGCUACCUUUCUGGCGCACGCGUCCUGAAUUUGGAAGCCAUUUGAUGUCACAGUUUCUAGACGACGUUGGAGGAUACGUUGAGGAGUACGAAAAGCAUGGCAACUUGCGCAGUUGCGUUAAUAAAGCACGCGGCGUCCUGGAAAUAUUAAUAGUUCUUCUCGAAGUCUAUAUCCAAGACCAAAAUAGUGUGCAACAAUUCUACUGGGAUAUUCUCCAAAAGACACUGUCAUCGUGCAAGUCUAGUAUAGCACAGCUAGGUUUCGAACCGUCUUUCCGCGUAGGGAUGUUUUUGUCAGAAUAUUGUGUCAUAUUUUCAACAGGUGUUCCACUAGCUGAUAUUCAACAUCUCAACGUUGUUUCUCUUUGUUCGGCGACUGUUAGUGAUAUUAUGCACAAGUACAGAACCAACGAAUCUGCUGUCGUAAAUUGUCUCAAAUACUUUACGAUGAUUUUUACGGUCUCUUCUUUGCCUCCGGAGUUCACUGUUUCUCUCACAGAAAAGCUCAAAAUUCUUGAAGAGAAUUCGUUUUUUCCAUUUGAUGUUUCGGGAAGACCCAAGCUCGCAUCCGCAUUGCUCUCUUUGCUUACUUCGAUGAUGAACCCUUCUGUACUGCCCCUGCUUCUGGCAUCAUACACUUCUGUAAGAGAAAAACUUCUAUCGGAAAUAAAUUCACUUCGCGAAGCGGAUGAAAAGCAGAUAGAAUUCUUGAGAGAAAGGGAGGCUUGCCUGAUGAUCCUGAUCGGUGCUUUUGCGAAGCUUGCCUCACUCAAGAGCAGUUUGAUUGUGAUGAUGGGCCUUCGCCCAUCGCUUUUCCACCUUUUUCUAGAGGAGAUGCCACUCACGGAUAAUUGGUUUAUUUCCAAACAUCCUACAGUUCAUUUCUGCCUUUUACGCGUCAUGCAUUCUCACGUUGCUGCGUAAGU